CCACAUAAAAGACUGUAAAAAGAGUAAAGACACCACGAAGGAGGUUGCGUUUUACAAAAUCCUGUCGUAACCAAAUUGGGAAAUGAAUCCAUCCAUCCAUAUAUAGAUUAUUAAUCAAACGUGGAAGUAACGUAGUGAGACAGUGCCGACAGAAGAAUGAAGAAUUCACGGUGGUGUAUGGCGGUGACUCUAACGAUGUUAUCCGUUUUACCGUUUUUGGUUGAGAAUGGAAAUGGACCGGUACAAGUAGUAGAAGCCUCAAAUUCAGUUUCUGCCUUCGUUCAAAACGCAAUCUACUCCAACAGAAUCACCAUCUUCUCCAAAUCAUAUUGCCCGUAUUGUUUGCGCGCUAAACGUGUUUUUGUUGAACUAAAUGAGCAACCGUUUGUUGUUGAGCUGGAUUUGCGAGAUGAUGGGUAUGAAAUUCAGAGUGUUCUUCUGGAUUUGAUAGGUAGAAGGACGGUUCCGCAAGUAUUUGUCUAUGGCAAGCAUAUUGGUGGAUCAGAUGAUCUCAGUGCUGCAGUCCAGAGUGGUGAAUUGCAGAAGCUUCUAAAAGCAAGUUGAUUGUAUACUAGAGACCGGGGAGCACUAGCAUAGUAGCAUCUAUAAUUUGUAUGUAUGCGGGGAACUCGCAUUUUCUUGGAUAAUGAAAGUUUCAAGCUUCUAGCAGAAAAAUACCUUUUCAUGUUUUUUGGUAUUUACUAGGUGAUAAACAUGUACUUCUAGCUUGAUCUGGUUUUGUUUAGAAUCUGUAAGAGUUCAUGUUUUCAUUUUGUUCCAUAGAAAAGUAUAAUCAUGAGUGGCGGAGCUCUAAUUGUUGGAAUUGAUUUUGUUCGCAUCAUUGUUAAUUAUAAAAUUGUUAAUUUCAA